UGCGCGUGCGUGUGUGCGCGCGCGUUCGUGGCUGCCUUAUCUGAGGCUAUACUCUGUGCACGUGCGUCACGGUGUGUGGAACUGUUUGAGACACGAGGGGGAUCCGGAUCCGACCGAAACCGGACCGGAGACGUGAUGAGCCCGCUGUGGAUCUCCGACUGAAUCAUUGCGGUGUGAAAAGGUGGCUGGGCAGACCGUGAUGGGGGAGUCUUGGCUCAGCGGGGGGGAGUCUCGGCUCAUCGUGGAGGAGCUCCUCGCUCUUUGUCUCCAGAGGAUCAACAUGGAGGAGAACUCGAUCUACAUGGAGAGAGAGAUGGUGGAGGUGCUGAAGAACUUUGAGACGGUGAGGAAACGCUGGUUUCACGCUGACCUGGAGAUGAAGAAGUACAAAGAGCUGCUGGUGAAGUCGGACGUGGCCAAAGCUGCUCUGGAGGUGAAACUGAAGCACGCCAGAAACCAGCUCGACGUGGAGAUGAAGAAACGCUUCAAGAUUGAGGGAGACUACCAGUACCUGCAGAGGCAGAUGCAGCUCAUGUGCGACAUCCUCGUCCACGACAGCAAAUCGAGCGCCGUGCUGAACGACGAACAGAAAUCUCUGCUCGCCACGUUUGAACACAAAGGAGGAAACACGACGCUGCACCGCAGCAGCAAACGGUUGUCGGUGAUCGAUGAGUCGUCCUUCCUGUCUCACUCUGACAUCAGCUACGACCGCACAGACGACGACGUGGAUCUGGAUACAACAGUGAUUAAACCUCUGAGAUCUCGAGCCAGAGAGAAAAGACGCUCGUCGAUUGGUCCUCUUCUCGGCUGUCCGGUCGGGAAGCGAGGGCGAGGUGGGAACAUUUCUUCUGAGCUGCUGGAGAGAAAAACUGUGGAGAAGGAGGUGGAGACGAUAGUGAAAGCGGCUGUGACCUCUCCAGAGACCAGGGAUCAGAUCCACAUGGUGCAGGGAAUCACACAGGAGACACCAGAGAACCCGACCCAGACCGUCAUCCAGGAGUGUGCACUUUCUCCUGGGGGAGUUGGAGACCAAACGUCUGUGUGGUUUCCCGAUGAGACGACGGUCGAGCCUGAAAGUGAAGCCCACUCAGACGACAGAUCAUCGUACAUCUUCAGAUCUGAGAAAACCUCCAAACACGUCUUCCUGUCUAAAACGGUGAUCCGGCCUGAGACCUGCACGCCGUGUGGAAAGAGGAUCCGCUUUGGGAAGAUGGCGGUGAAGUGUCGAAACUGCCGCGUGGUCUCUCAUCCAGAGUGCAAACACAAAUUUAGCGACGGUUGUUUUGACGCUGCUACGACUAGGAGUACAGCUCAACAGAACACGUUGGAGGGUUUCGCUCCCCUCAAUCAUCCCAGAGUUCCUCAGCUGGUGGUGGAGUGUGUGGCUGAGAUCGAGAGGAGGGGGCUGGAAGAGAGGGGGCUUUACCGGGUUCCUGGGGGGGAACGUCUGGUGAAGGAGCUCAGGGACAGGUUCAUUCAGGGGAAAACGCCGCUCAUGCUCUGUAAGGUCUCGGACGUUCACGGGAUCUGUGGCCUUCUGAAGGACUUUCUGAGGAAACUGAAGGAACCUCUGAUCACCUUCAGGCUGCACAGAACCUUCAUGGAGGCUGCAGAGGUGACUAAUGAAGAGAAGAGCAUCGCCGUCAUGUAUCAGGCCCUCGCCAAGCUGCCGAAGGCCAACAGAGACACGCUGGCCUUCCUCAUGCUUCAUCUACACAAGGUGAUGAGGAGUCCUCCGUGUCAGAUGGAUCAGAAUAACUUGGCCCGAGUUUUUGGUCCAACCAUGGUGGGACACGGGAUGUCUGAGCCGUCUCCGACGACCAUCAUGAGAGACACCAACACUCAGCCCAAGGUGAUUUGUCGCUUGUUGUCCCUCCCUGAAGCCUACUGGAGGCGUGUCCUGUCGGAUCAUAACUCGUCCUCGACCACGGCGGCGUACAGUCAGGAUGGUGGACACGGCCGGUUGUUCAAACCGGUGACGUCUCCGGAGUUGAGCAGCUACUAUAAAAACGCCACUUAUGGAUCUCUGAGAGGUCGGGUCAGGAACGCCUCCAAUGUUCCCACCAGCAGUCGAGCAGAUCCGGGGAGGAGGUUCUUCACGUCACCCAGCUGAUCCGGAUUCACACAAUACUACGAGAUCUACACAAAAUACCACACAAAGUACACUGUUGGACUACACACAGUUAGCUCCCAGUGUGUUUGAAAGGAUAUAACCAAUCAAACUGAGUCUGUAAGAAAAUGUAACUUUGUGUAUUAAUGUGAUUUAUUGUUUUUCUAAGAGAGUCAGAUAAUCUAAAAAAGAGAUGACUGUAAAAGCUGACACACUUAGAAACAUACAAUUACUGUGCAAGACUGCCUAGGGGUUUAGACUGGA